CACACGCAUGUAAUGCCUCGGUGAAAUCCGGACGUAGAAAACACGCAUGUGAAUAUUGUAUUUUUGCAUGUCAGGAGAGGAGGAACUAGUCGCCGGUUCCGCGGCUGUUUGUCUUUUCUUAUCGCUUCCCCCCCCCCCUCCUAUGUCACUCUAAUUAAUCGGAGGCAUGUGGAAUCGCACCGGGAUUAGGAAUUGCUUCCCAAUAGUGUGCCUGCUGUUGACGUUAUGGACGAAGGUGUCCCAGUCAACCGGCUAUUUCGAGCUGCAGCUGAUCUCUGUGGAGAAUGUAAACGGCGAGUUGGCGGUAGGGGAGUGCUGCGACGGAUCCAGGAGCUCCCAGGACCUGCGCUGCACCCGAGACGAGUGCGACACUUACUUUAAAGUGUGCCUGAAGGAGUACCAGGUGGAGGUCACCACCACCGGCCCCUGCAGGUUUGGAGCUGGAUCUACGCAAGUUCUCGGUGGAAAUAUGAUUUCUUUUAAAGGCGCAAAGAACAACCCCAAUAAAUUCGACGAGGCUGGCAAGAUUUUGAUCCCAUUCCAGUUUGCGUGGCCGCGGACAUACACGCUGAUUGUAGAGGCCUGGGACUGGGACAACGCCACACGUAACCAUGAGGACGAGCUGCUAAUCGAGCGCAGCAUUCACACCGGUAUGAUCAACCCCGGAGACCACUGGCAGACCAUUAUGACCGACGGCCCCGUUGCUAGACUCACCUACCGUAUCCGUGUGCGAUGUGACGACAACUACUACAGCAACAAGUGCAACAAGCUCUGUGUCCCUCGCGACGACUACUUCGGACACUAUCGAUGUGAGCAGUCCGGGGCUCAGGUUUGCCUUGAGGGCUGGAUGGGUGACGACUGCAGGACAGCGAUCUGCAAGCAAGGCUGCAACCUGUUACUUGGCAGCUGCACUGUCCCAGGGGAAUGCAAGUGUAACUACGGCUGGCAGGGCCAGUUCUGUGAUGAAUGUGUGGUUUAUCCUGGAUGUGUUCACGGGACCUGCAACAACCCCUGGCAGUGCAACUGCGAGAGGAACUGGGGUGGCCUGCUGUGUGAUAAAGAUCUGAAUUACUGUGGUCGCCACCAGCCUUGUGUCAACGGAGGGACCUGCAUGAACACCGAGCCAGAUGAGUACUACUGCGCCUGUCCUCAGGGCUACUCUGGCAAGACCUGUCACAUAGCCGAGCACGCCUGUGUUUCCAAUCCCUGCGCCAACGGUGGUACGUGCCACGAAGUUCCCACUGGGUUCGAGUGCCAGUGUCCGCCGGGCUGGGAAGGUCCGACCUGUGCAAACAAUUUCGACGAGUGUUCCUCCAGUCCGUGUGCUCAGGGUGGAACCUGUGUCGACCUGGAAGAUGGCUUCGAGUGUGUGUGCCCUCCACAGUGGGAAGGAAAGACCUGCCAGAGAGAUGCAAAUGAGUGCGAGGGAAAACCCUGUGUGAACGCUAACUCUUGCAAAAAUUUGAUUGGUGGAUAUCACUGCAACUGUUUCCAGGGAUGGUCUGGACAAAACUGUGACAUCAAGAUCAAUGGCUGCCAUGGUCAGUGUCAGAAUGGAGCAACAUGCAAGGAGGUUCCGAGGGGUUACCACUGCCUGUGCCCACCAGGUUUCGUUGGUACUCACUGUGAAAUCCAGAGGAACAAGUGCGACAGCAGACCUUGUCAGAAUGGAGGCCAGUGCCACACAUUGUUGGAUGGCUUUGUGUGUGAAUGCCCACAGGAGUUCUCAGGACAGCUGUGUGAGAUCCCUAGCUGGUCCCCUUCCGAUGCUUGUGAUUCAAACCCUUGUGAGAACGAGGCCACGUGCCACAGCAUGGACGAGGACUUCUACUGCGCCUGUCCCGAAGGCUACGAGGGAAAGACCUGUGAUCAGCUCAAGGAGAACUGCCUAACCACCCCUUGUCAAGCGAUCGACAGCUGCACUGUUGCUGUAGCGACCAACGACUCGGCUGGAGUGCGGCACAUUUCUUCAAACGUCUGUGGCCCUCGAGGACGCUGCAUCAGCCAACCAGCGGGAAACUUCACCUGCGUCUGUGAUCCAGGUUUCAGCGGCAUCUACUGUCAUGAGAAUAUUAACGACUGCAUCAGCAGCCCAUGUAGAAGUGGAGGGACCUGCAUCGAUGGAGUGAACUCCUUUCAGUGCUUCUGUCCUGACGGCUGGGAGGGGAAACUCUGUGACCUCAAUGUCAACGAGUGCAGACACAACCCGUGUAAGAACAACGGCCGCUGCGUCGACCUGGUGAACGACUUCUACUGCGAGUGUGCCGACAACUGGAAGGGCAAGACCUGCCAUUCCCGUGAGAGCCAGUGUGACGCAACCACCUGCAGUAAUGGAGGAACCUGCUACGACCAUGGGGAUGCCUUCCGCUGUGCCUGCCCACCUGGGUGGGGAGGAAACACAUGCAACACAGCCAAGAACAGCACAUGCGCCUCCAGUCCUUGUUUGAACGGUGGAACGUGUGUGGGAGGAGGAGACACCUUCACCUGCAUCUGCAAAGAGGGCUGGGAAGGCCCCACCUGUGACCAAAAUACAAACGACUGCAACCCUCAUCCAUGUUACAACGGCGGUAUAUGCGUGGAUGGAGUCAACUGGUUCCGCUGUGAGUGCGCUCCAGGAUUUGCCGGACCAGACUGUCGAAUAAACAUAAACGAAUGCCAGUCUUCACCCUGUGCCUACGGAGCCACCUGUGUGGACGAGAUCAAUGGUUUCCGCUGCAUUUGUCCGCUUGGAAGAACAGGAACCCGAUGCCAAGAGUUCAUAGGCAUAGGGAAGACUUGUCAUUACGCUGGGCUGCAGCUUCCCCACGGCAGCCGCUGGGAGGAGGAGUGCAACAGCUGCCAUUGCAUCAACGGCAAAGUGGACUGUUCAAAGGUGGUCUGUGGUCGUCGUCUCUGUCGACUCCAAUCAUCAAGCCAGGACCAGAGACAGCAUUCCUGCCCGGCUGGACGGCAGUGUAUGGAGCACAGCUACCUCACAUGCUUUUCUCCUCCUUGCCAUCACUGGGGGGUUUGCUCCAUGGCCAGAACCGCACCCCCACAAGCAACCACCAAGUGCCAGCCAAACAGUGGGCAUCUGGACAACAGUUGUGGCCGCAUAACACUUGUUUUCAACAGAGACAAAGUACCACCUGGAACAACCGUGGAGAAUAUCUGCUUUGAGCUGAGGUAUCUUCCUGACACCCGAGGCUUGGCAAAAGACCACGCCCUUCUCCUGCUCUGUGACCUUUCUCAUUCCAAUCAAGAUGCUGUAGAAGUGGCUAUAUCUUUCCAGCCAGAGGACCUACCAGACCACAACCUAAUCCAGGAGACAGCCAAAACUAUAGUGGGCACCUUGUCGAAGCGGCACAACAGCACCAUAAUGCUGGCAGUCAUUGAGGUCAAAGUGGAAACACAAGUCAUGCCCCCUUCAGUGGAUUACCUGGUGCCUCUACUAUGUGUUGUCUUCUGCUUGCUCUUUCUCUUCUGCAUCAUCGUAUGUGUUUGGUGGACGCGUAAACGGAGAAAAGAGCGUGAGAGGAACGUGCGAUCUGCUGCCGACGACAGUGUGAACAACCAGUGGGAGCCGCUGCGGCUCAUUGUGGGACGUCAGCAGCAACAGCAGCUGAAAGAAAGCAACAGGGAGGCCGAACAGGAGCGCAAAAAGCUCAUGGACCCCUCCUAUCGGACGUGUGGUGAAGGGGAGGAGGAGGAGGAGACGGAAGGCGAGCUUGAGCUCGAGGAGGAGAGUGGUGGAGCAGAGGCAGGAAAGCAGCCAGUUUAUAAGUACUCUCAGACUGCAGUGCAGUCCAGUGGGGGAGUGAUCUGUACCAUGCACAGCUCCAGUUCACCCCUCAAAGCGCCCCACCGGACCCCAGGCUACAGCCCCAAAGACAACCGCUGGAAAAAUGUCAGUGCCGUCUUGACUGGUCAAAAAGACCUAGGAGACCAUUGUGUAUAA